GUUAGCUUACUGAUAAUUCUCAGUGUUUUUAAUGGAAGUAAAGCCGGAUAUUUUGGCGAUCUCUUCAAGUGCAAUGAUCUGCUGCUAAAGUGUCAGGAAACUGAAGCAACAAACGGAAAGUACAAUGACAUUGCACAUCAGUUUAAUCGAAAUUGCAGUCAAGAAAUUGGAUCCAAGUGGAGCAAUAUCACCCGAUGCGAAUUGGAAGCUGUAAAAUGUUUAUUAACUGAGAUGAAUGGAAUGGACUUAAAUUGUGAAAAUAUUGCUGACAUAGUUCAUUUGUGA